UUGUGUCCAUCGGGGCGGACCGGCCGCUACAGCUGUCCAGAAACUCCAGGCUCCAGAGAGGCAUCAUGGGCUUCUGGAAGACCUCUCCCUUCUUGGCUUUCAGCAUCUUGGUCCUGUGCCAGGUGGGCAGCCUCCAGGCGGCACCAUUCAGGUCUGCUUUGGAGAGCCUCCCAGACCCCACGGCACUCAGUGAGAAGGAAGGCCGCCUCCUGCUGGCUGCUCUGGUGAAGGCCUUUGUGCAGAAGAAGAGAAAUGAGCUGGAGCAGGAGGAGCAGGAGGAGAUGGAGGGCUCCAGCAUCACUGCCCAGAAGAGAUCCUGCAACACUGCCACCUGUGUGACCCAUCGGCUGGCGGGCUUGCUGAGCAGGUCUGGAGCUGUGGUGAAGAACAACUUUGUGCCCACCAACGUGGGCUCUGAAGCCUUUGGCCGUCGCCGCAGGGACCUUCAUGCCUGAGCAGCUACUGGACUCCAGGAAGAAGGUAACCAUGAAGCUGAACUCACCACUUCUAUUAAUUUCUGUUGACAACACUUGGUGAGAAGGCCCCAUGGAAGAUAUACAUGUUUGCAUCCCAAUAGACACUGAGAAAAAGCACCUUUGUCACUUGAAAGGAAUGAAACUGAAUGCAAAAUAGGCUAAUUCCAUAUGUAUUGUGUAUUCUUUUUAUAUUUGAUUCUGUGUGCGGUCAGUGUGAUGGCAUCUAUUAUCGGCUUAUCUGGUAGCAAAUAGGUUUUUUGAGAGCUAUCCUGUGGAUCAUGGCGGCUCUGCCAAACCUUAGGGGGACAAUAAAUCAUUGUCUUCGUGGCCUCUAGGGACACACGGUAAUGGUGAUGCUUUGCCUUGUUGUCUAAGAACAUGAUUGUAUACUUUGUUUAAGGAAAUCUCAUUAUUGUACCAUUUGUGAACUUCAUCAAGAUUAAAAACAUAUUUUGGAUACAUGUGUUUUGAGACCCUGGUGGUUCAUUUCAACUUGUUUCCCUGUGUAAUAAUAAUAACAAUAGUAGUUGAUGUUUUUUGAGUGCUUGCUCGAAAUGGGCCAGAUGAUGUUCUAAGAGAGUGCUGUAUACCUAUGAAUUCAUUUAAUCUUUAUGACAGCUCUGUGAAGGAGAUCCCCUUAUUAUUUCCACUUUGUAUCUGAGGGAACAGAGGCCUGGAGAAGUGAAGUCCAAGGUCACGUAGAUAGAUGGUGGCAGACUCAGGUGGUGGUUUCCAGAGUCUAUAGUUGAAACCACUGCACUAUAUGCUUCUCGACAGUGGCUUUUGAUGUGUUCCAGAGACCCGCUGGCCGU